GAAGCCUCUUGUUCAAUAACUCUCUUUCUCCCUGCAUGUUAAAAUUUUCAUCAAACUCACUUAUAUAUGUAGACAACCUAAACAAACAAUAAAAUCCAUAAGAUAUCAUCUACAUAUGGCCAAAUCAAAUCCAGUAUCAAGACCGUGGCUUUUCCUUCUUGCUGCAGCAUUUAUCAGUUCAUUCGUUAGCGCAGAGCCUGAUGGCAAUAAAAAGCAAUAUAUUGUUUACAUGGGCGAUCGUCCCCAAGGAGAUUUCUCAGCUUCAUCCCAACACUCAAGCUUGCUACAAGCAGCACUGAGCAGCACCAGGGCAUCAGAUUCCCUAGUCUACAGCUACAAGAGAAGCUUCAAUGGUUUCGUUGCAAAGCUGACUGAAGAAGAGAUGGAAAGACUAGCCGACAUGGAAGGGGUCGUCUCAGUUUUUCCGAAUGGGAAAAAACAACUCCAUACAUCAAGGUCAUGGGACUUCUUGGGCUUUCCUGAGAACGCUGAGAGAAAUACUGUUGAAAGCGAUAUCAUCGUAGGCAUGCUAGACACUGGAAUUUGGCCGGAAUCUGAGAGCUUCGAUGACUCGGGAUACGGUCCACCUCCAAGCAAAUGGAAAGGCACUUGCGAAACUUCAGACAACUUCACCUGUAACAACAAAAUUAUUGGAGCAAAACACUAUUAUCUAGAUGGGGAUCAGCCAUUAGAUGGAGGAGAAUUUGCUUCACCUAGAGAUUCUGCAGGUCAUGGAUCCCACACUGCAUCCAUAGCUGCCGGACGCAUGGUAAAAGGGGCAAGUUUGUACGGCCUUCGUUCAGGGACAGCUCGAGGAGGGGUGCCUUCUGCAAGAAUAGCCGUUUACAAAAUUUGUUGGAAAGAUCAUUGUUCGGACGCUAAUAUUCUUGCAGCGUUCGACGAUGCAAUAGCCGAUGGUGUUGACAUAAUAUCCAUAUCAGUUGGAGGAAAACUGUCUGUUGAUUACUUCGAAGAUUCUAUCAGCAUUGCUGCAUUUCAUGCUAUGAAGCAUGGAAUCCUCACAUCAGUCUCAGCUGGUAAUUUGGGAUACGGUACAGGGGGUUACCUCACUAAUUACUCACCUUGGUCCCUCACAGUCGCUGCAAGUACCAUAGAUAGGAAAUUUGUCACAAAUGUGCGAUUGGGAAAUGGCGAAGUCUAUAAGGGAGUCUCCAUAAAUACUUUCGACCUCAAUGGCGAAUAUUACCCGCUCGUCAAGGGUGAGGAUGUCCUUAAAACUGGUGGUGAUGGAAAUAAAACCAGCAGGUAUGGCGUGCCAGGAUCAUUGGGCGGCGACGCUCAGUACAGCGGAAAAAUUGUCUUUAGCGAGCUCUCCAUUGGUUGGGAGUUCGCAACUGAUGGAGGUGCAGUCGGAAGUAUAAUGCAAUGGGAUUCUGGCAACGAUGAUGCCAGGACUUACCCCAUAUCUGCAGCUGUUUUGGACCAAGAUCCUGGCAAUAAAGUUCUUAAUUACAUUACUUCCACAAGUAAUGCGACUGCAACCAUUGACAAGAGUAUUGAAGUCGGGGACAUACCUGCUCCAUUUAUCGCUUCAUUUUCAUCAAGGGGACCAAAUCCAAUCACCGUUGACAUUCUCAAGCCUGACAUAAGUGCACCUGGGGUGGACAUUCUAGCUGCAUGGUCAGAGGCCACCACAGUGACGGGCUACGCAGGAGAUAAAAGGGUAGUUAAAUACAACUUCGACUCUGGGACAUCCAUGGCUUGUCCUCAUGCUACGGGUGCAGCUGCUUUUGUUAAAUCCUAUAAUCCUACCUUGUCCCCUGCUGCUAUCAAAUCGGCACUUAUGACGACAGCAACAAUUAUAAGUGCAGAAAGGGAUGUAGAUGCUGAAUUUGCUUAUGGAUCUGGUCAAAUAAAUCCCCUGAAAGCUAUCUAUCCCGGCUUAGUUUACGAUAUAGAAGAGGCAGAUUUUGUGAGUUUCUUGUGCGGUCAGGAUUACAACAUCACAACUCUGCAACUCAUCACUGGUGAUAGCAGUGUUUCUUGCAGCAAAGAAAAGAAUAUAUCAGUCUGGGAUCUGAAUUACCCUGCAUUUACACUUUCUACCCCUUCUGGACUAGUCACUCGGGUUUUUCACAGGACCCUCACAAAUGUUGCCGAUGUUGGAUCAACUUACAAGGCAACUAUUACUUCUGCACCUGAACUAAACAUUCAUGUGAAUCCCACGGCUCUUUCCUUCGAAUCUUUUGGGGAAAAGCAGUCAUUUACUGUGACAGUUACAGCAAAUGUUACCAAGCAUGUAACUUCAGGCUCUUUGGUGUGGGAUGAUGGGGUGCAUCAAGUUAGAAGCCCCGUUGUUGCAACUUCUUUCCAAAGCGACAGGGAUGAAAAUUUUGUUGGUAGUCUCUUGAGUGGAGAAUCUUCAUAUGAAGGGUUCCACGCUCCUUCCUAAGUAUUGAGGGUACCAUUGUUUAAGAACUACUACAUCCAUCCUAAAUCUUCUACUAAAUAAAAAUAUGGUAGCAGUAUUAAUAUCAUACAUGCAUGUGCAGAGAGAACAAAAUUGAAUGGCUAGUAGUUUCUGUAAGAGGGGCACAAAGUCUCCAUACAUGAAGGCAUAAAAAAUUGUUCUCCAUCUAUGAAUACUAUGAUUAUGGGUCUUUUUUGGCAAAGCAAUGAACCGGGACUCAGUGUGUAGUACCUA